AUGCGCAGUAGGCGAGGAUGUGGGUCCCAGUGGCGGGGCGGCCUCCUGGCGGGGCUUCCUCUGCGGCUGGCGAUCUCAGCUUUAGUGGGCGCUGGUCGCUUUUGCGUUUUGGGGUCCGGAGCGGCGACGCGGAAGGACUGGCCUGCAGUUUCCUGCCGUGGGUUGUCUGACUUCCAACCGCAGGUAUUGCCUAGUCUGGAUUUCAAUGAGUCGCCCUCCUGGGUGUCCAAGUGCCGGUUAGAGCCCAAGCGUUACGUAACCAAUCGGAGAUUGGCUGAGACCUUGGCUCAGAUCCUGCGGGGGAAACGAAAAAAACCUCGCCACCUAUUUCUGGAGUGCAAUCCAGGUCCUGGAAUCCUGACUCAGGCAUUACUUGAAACUGGUGCCAAAGUGGUUGCCCUUGAAAGUGAUAGAACUUUUAUUCCACAUUUGGAGUCCAUAGGAAAAAAUGUGGAUGGCAGACUUGAAGUGUUCCACUGUGACUUCUUUAAAAUGGAUCCUAGAAAUUGUGGAUUAGUAAGACCCCCCAUUAUGAUUUCCCACAUGCUGUUUCAGAACUUGGGAAUAGAAGCACUUCCUUGGUCAGCAGGUAUCCCUUUAAAAGUUAUUGGAAUCUUCCCAAUUAAAAGUGAAAGAAAGGCACUUUGGAAACUUAUAUAUGACCUAUAUUCCUGUACUUCUAUAUAUGGACAUGGACGCAUAGAACUAAAUAUGUUUAUUAGUGAAAAAGAAUACAAGAAACUAAUGGCCAAUCCCAGAAAUCCAAACCUCUAUCAGGUAUUAAGUGUGCUCUGGCAAGUAGCUUGUGAGAUUAAGCUUCUGCACGUGGAACCUUGGUCAUCAUUUGAUAUAUACACCCAAAAUGGGCUCCUGGAAAAGCCGAAACGUAGGGAAUUAGUAGAGCAAAUACAGCAAAACCUGUAUUUUAUCCGGAUGACUCCUCGUAGAAAUUUAUUUACAGAAAACUUAACACCUAUUAACUAUGAUGUAUUUUUUCACAUGGUAAAGCACUGUUUUGGGAAGCGCAGUGCCAAGCUAAUAGAUCAUUUACGUUCAUUGAGUCCAGUUGAUGCAAUGGAUAUAUUGACACAAAUAGGAAAAAAUGAAAAAGUGAAAAUAAGUAGUAUAUAUCCUCAAGACUUCAGACGGCUUUUUGAAACCAUAGAGCAUUCCAAAGAUUAUACCUAUAAAUGGCUAUAUGAUGACAGCAUGGAAGACAAUCGUGUAGAGAAUUAGAAUGUUAAGACAUUAGCUGAAGCCGUUUAUUUAUUUGACAAAUAUGACUCGAAUAAGAAAGAAUUAAGCUUGAGAAGUUCACAUCUUUUCAAUGGAAGAUAACUGUUCUUGUUUCACACAGGGUUAGGCAGAUCAUUUCUUCUGAAGUUGAUACCAAUAGAUAAUAUUAGUGGCUGCUGUUUUAUUCACAACUGAGUAAAAUGAAAAGUUCAACUAAUUGUGGGUUUGAUCAGGAUUGAGACUUGUUUUGUUUUAAAUUCUUAUCUACUAUAAACACGCUGGUAGUUGUAGGAUAUUACAUUACCAGUUGAAAAUUAAGUCUACUUUUAUAAGUCCUUUUGGCUAAAUACCCUACAUUGUAUUUCACUUACACCAUUGCUGAUUUUUUGCAUUUCUGGGGGAGCAAAAGAGAUUGUACAUUAUUAAGCUAAGAAAGUAAAUUAGAGCCAGCAGGUAGCAUGGAGAUUAAGAUAGCUGGGUACUACAUGGAAGACUGUGCAGUUCAAAUCCUGGACCUGGCAGCUUAAAAAUCACACCAGACGUGUGUGGGUAUGUGCCCAAAGUUCUGAGAUGGAAAUAGAGUUGAGAAGGGAUUUCAGUGUAGCCAUCCCCUGGGGGGUGAUUUUUCACUUUCCCUUUGUCUCUUGUUCUCAGCAAGCAUAUGGCGCCUUAUAGCAAACUGAGAAAAAAAAAGUAAAAGAAAGUAAAUUCUACUGAUUUAAGUGGUUUGUUUUACCUUUCAGUUUGUUGAAAUGUAUUAUCAAGUACUGUAUAUGAAAUUAUUUAAAUUUUAAUAUGUUUUAAUAUGAU